CGGCCGCACUUCCGCCAUGGCGGCGGGGCGGGGCUGGGCUGGCAUGGCGGCGCAGGCUGUGCUGCGGCGGUCGUGGAUAUUGGUUCUAGGCGGCCGGACGAGCCGCUGCUCCGCUUCACCGUGCCCAGGCCGAGCGCUGCCGAGGCCCCCGGCCGGCCCUGCUCGCCCAGCUGGCUCCCUGCUGCGCUGGGCGUCGUCCUUCUCCGAGCCGGGCCCGACGGAGAGCGGCCCCAGCGAAGAACAGAUCUUCCUCAGCGAGAGCUGCGUGAAGAGGCUGCUGGAGAUUGCAGAAGGAUCAGAGUUUCUCAGGCUGCAGGUAGAAGGAGGUGGCUGCUCUGGCUUCCAGUACAAGUUUUCCUUGGACACAGUUAUCAAUCCCGAUGACAGAGUAUUCGAACAAGGUGGUGCCCGUGUGGUCGUGGAUGUAGACAGCCUGGCCUUUGUGAAAGGAUCUAUGGUGGAUUUCAGCCAAGAGCUGAUCCGAAGCUCCUUCCAGGUGGUGAGCAACCCCCAGGCAGAGAAGGGUUGCUCAUGUGGAACUUCCUUCUCUGUCAAAUUCUGAUUGGACUUCUCAUGGAUGGACACUGCAGACAAUUUUGACAAUCUCCAGAGGGUUUAUGUUUGUUCUUUUCCCUGCUGCUUCCUCUCAUCUCCCUUACACUUUGACACGGCUGUUACACGUUACUGCAGCUGUGUGUGUGUUUGCACUGAGUCUGUCUCCAAGACUUGUUGGCCUCCCCUUCAGAAACAAUGAAGUUGCCAUGAGCACACACAGAGGAGCAUCUUCAGCGCCUUGUGAACCACUGGCCAAGUGGUGCUGACUGGCCUGCCCUGUCCUGAAUGUGGAACUACUUAACUGUGUCUGCAAGAGAAGGCUGUGUAUAUAUAUGUGUGUGUGUAUGUUUAUUGAAAGUUCUUACUAAAAAAAGUCUGUGAGAUUGA